CUCCAGUCAGACGAAGAGUAUAUAUACAAGGGCAAAGAAGUGGUUACUUCAGAGCCUCCUGUACCCAGCAAGUGCACGGAGAUUCCACAAGUGAGAGACUUGAUCAACAUGUUUGUCUGGAAGACAAGUGUGGCGCAAGCCGUCCUGGGUUGCAUCCUUUUCAGUAUAGUUUGUCUUAAACUUGCUAUCGCCCAUGAUGGAGUUCGCUACGUCAAUGCUGAAUGGAAAAGACCAGAACAAAAUCAAGAGGGCAGUCACUUCUGCGUGGCCAAACGUCUAGCAGAUAACAGCGAAGAAGUAGCCUGCAGCACUGAGGUCAAGUUCAGACAGAAGCCUCCUGCUGAGUAUGCCAGCAAGAUAAAAAAAGCCAAAGAAAAGAUGAGGCAGUUGGAGUCUCAGUACGAUGACUGCCAGGUGGAGAAUGAUCGUAAGGACAGGCUAAUGCUGAUUCAGGCCAACCUAACAGACACUAUCCACAGACUAGUAACAGAUAGCGACAUCCAGGCUCUCAAGAGUUCCUGGGCUACACUCACUGCUGGCCCUGAUGGCAGAAACGUUUUCGGAAACAAUUUCGUCCUCUGGAUGCUGAAAACUAUUCCCAACAUGCGAGAAAGAUUCGAGAAAUUCAACGCUCACCAAUCUGAUGAGGCCCUGAAGAACGACAACGAGUUUGUCAAGCAAGUGAAACUCAUUGUUGGAGGCCUGCAGUCCUUCAUUGACAACCUAGAAAAUCCUGGUCAGCUUCAAGCAACCAUUGAGAGACUCGCCGCUAUCCACUUGAAAAUGAGACCCAGCAUUGGUGCGGGAUAUUUUGGGCCACUUCAAAACAAUAUCCACGAUUUCAUUGAGGAUACGCUUAAAGUUGGUGCCGACGAUGCCGCUCCCAAAUCCUGGACACGCCUUCUGACCGCCUUUAACGAUGUUCUUAACAGCUAUGCCAACUAUUACAUUGGACUGUCCGAUACAGACAAGGUGGCGCUUCAGAGUUCUUGGAGAAAACUUACAGCUGGAGCUGAAGGCAAGAGAAAUGCUGGGGUGAAACUUGUUCUCUGGAUGUUUAACAAUGUGCCCAACAUGCGUGACAGAUUCACCAAAUUCAAUGCUCACAAGUCUGACGAAGCCCUCAAGACCGACGCUGAGUUCCUAAAACAGGUUGAUGCCAUCAUUGGAGGAUUUGAAACAUUUAUCAACAACCUGAACGACGCUGAUCUGCUGCUCAACCGUCUGGAGAGUCUUGCCGAUGAGCAUUUGAAAAAGAAACCAGCCAUCAGCUCUAAUUACUUUGGACCUCUACAGAAGAAGAUUCACCUAUUCAUUGAAGGCGCUCUCAGAGUUGGCUCUGACAGUGAUGAGGCUCGCGCCUGGACUCACUUGGUUGGCGCUUUGAACAAAGUUAUUAAAGAUCAUGCUAUCCACAAUCUUGGUCUGUCUGACGUUGACAGAGAGGCUCUGGUCAGUUCCUGGAACCAACUCACUGGUCGUGCUGGUGGAAGCAGGAAUGCUGGUACUAAUCUCGUCCUCUGGAUGCUCGACAAUGUCCCCAACAUGCGUGACAGAUUCACCAAAUUUAACGCCCGACAGUCAGAUGACAAUCUGAGAAAGGAUACCGAAUUCGUGAAACAAGUGGACCUCAUCACUGGUGGCCUUGAGUCGAUGAUUGACAAUGUUAAUAACCCUAUUCUCCUUCACGAUACUAUGGUCAGACUGGCCGAUGCCCACAUGAACCUGAAACCAAGAGUUGGUCUUGAAUACUUUAGUCCUCUUCAACGCCAUAUCCACUCCUACAUUGAGAAAGCCCUGGGUGUUUCUGCUGACAGUGCUGCCCCUAGAGCCUGGACAGACCUACUGACAGCCUUCAACAACGUUCUGAAAGACCGCACAUUCCUAAGAAUUGUUUCCUCUGAUGACAAGAAAGCUCUUCAUAGUUCAUGGAAUACCCUGGUAACUCAAGCUGGGGACAAACAGAGAGCUGGAACUAAGCUGGUACUCUGGAUGUUUGACAAUGUUCCCAACAUGCGUGACAGAUUCACCAAGUUCAAUGCCCACUCUUCUGAUGAGGCACUGAGGAAAGAUACCGAGUUCAUUAAACAAGUCGAUGUCAUUGUUGGAGGGAUAGAGUCUAUGAUCAACAAUGUGGAUGAUGGCGAUCAUUUCCAGGCUGCUGUCGAGAGACUUGUAGAUGUUCACUUGCACAUGUCCCCAAGUGUUGGUCUGGAAUACUUCGGUGCAUUACAACAAAAUAGUAGAUCCUACAUGCAGAGAGAACUUCGAGUCACUGCUGACAGUGCUGAGGCCAGAGCCUGGACACAUCUAUUUGUCACUUUUAAUGAAUUCUUAGCUGACCAUACCACUCAGAACAUUGGACUGUCUGUCACUGACAGAAAAGUCCUUGACAGAACUUGGAAGCAGUUGAUCAGUUCAGGCAAACAGGAAGCUGGAAUCAAAUUUGUUCUCUGGAUGUUCAACAAUGUUCCCAACAUGCGCGACCAGUUCUCCAAAUUCGACGCCCACAAAUCCGACGCUGAUCUGAGAAACGACGCUGAGUUUAUCAACCAAGUCAAUAACAUUGUUGGAGGUCUGGACUCCAUUCUGACCAAUCUGGACAAACCUGGACAACUGCAAGCUGCCCUGGAGCAUCUCGCAGACUUUCACUUGGACCAUAAGCCAACAAUUGGACUGGAGUUUUUCGGCCCUCUACAAAAGUACAUCCAUCUCUACAUUGAGAGUGCCCUGAAUGUUGCUGUUGGCAGUGAGGAAUCUAGAGCUUGGACAGAUCUAUUGACUGCUUUGAACAAAGUCAUCAGAGAUCAUGCUAUGGACAGACUUGGUCUCUCAGAUCACGACAGGGAAGCUCUUGACAGUUCCUGGAAGAAACUAAGAUCUGGAGCUGGUGGCAGAAAGAAUGCUGGUAUUAGACUUGUGCUCUGGAUGCUGGACCAUGUCCCCAACAUGCGAAAUCAAUUUAAGAAAUUCGAUGCCCACCAACCUGAUUCCGUCCUGCAACGUGACCCAGAGUUUUUGGCCCAGGUUGACCGCAUCCUAGGAGGUGUUGAGUCCAUGAUCAACAAUGUUGACGACCCCGUCGCUCUUGAAGCCGCCUUUGAUAGACUGGCUGAUGCACAUUUGAGUAUGACACCUGAAGUUGGACUUACCUUUUUCGCACCUCUCCAGACCUACAUCCACGACUACAUCGAGGAAGCUCUAGGCGUCGGUGCUGACAGUGACGAAGCUAAAGCCUGGACUGAUCUCUUCGCUGCCUUCAACAAGGUCCUCAAAGAACGUACUGUUCUCAAGAUAGUGUCAGACAAAGAAAGAAAAGCCCUCAAAAGUUCAUGGGAUUCACUCAAAAGUGCUGCUGGUGGAAGCCAAGAGGCUGGAGUCAAUCUUGUUCUCUGGAUGUUGCAAAACGUGCCCAACAUGCGUGACAGGUUCACAAAGUUCAAUGCUCACCAAGGAGACGACGCUCUUAAAGCCGACGCAGAAUUCAUCAAGCAAGUUCAGCGCAUCACAGGAGGCUUGGAGUCUAUGAUUGACAACGUAGACAAUCAAGGCAAGCUCCAAGCUGCUAUUGACAGACUGGUCGAUGCCCACUUGCACAUGACACCCAGUGUUGGACUUGAAUAUUUUGAACCACUGCAAAAGAAUAUCCACAACUACAUUGAAGCCACCCUGCAUGUUGCCGCUGGUAGUGAUGAAGCUAACGCCUGGACACAUUUACUUAGUGCUUUUAACACAGUUCUCAAAGAACAUUCCCUUGAGAAAAUAGGACUUUCCUACGAGGACAGAAAAUAUAUUGAAAGCUCAUGGACAAAACUGACUGCUGCUGCUGGUGGAAGCGAGAAAGCUGGAACAAACUUUGUCUUCUGGUUGUUGGACAAUGUCCCCAACAUGAGAGACAGAUUCACCAAAUUUAACGCCCACCAAUCAGAUGCUGCCCUCCAAGAGGAUGAGGAGUUCCGUAACCAGGUCAAGGCCAUCACCGGUGGAAUCGAGUCAUUUGUGAACAAUGUCAACAACCCCGCUGCUCUCCAGUCCAGCAUUGAAACUUUGGUCGAUGCUCAUUUGAACAUGCAGCCCAGCAUUGGUCUUUCAUACUUUGGUUCCGUCCAACAAUACGUCCAUCUCUACAUCGCCAAAGCUCUCGGUGUUGCUUCCACCAGUGAUGAGGCCAAAUCAUGGACUCACUUGUUCGCUGCCUUCAACAAAGUCCUAAAGGAACAUUCUCUACAAAAAAUUGGACUUUCUGACAGCGACAGGCGAGCUGUCGUAAGCUCCUGGAAAAAAUUAACUGCUAGUGGUAGGCAAAGCUUUGGUAUUGACUUGGUUCUAUGGAUGUUCAACAAUGUUCCCAACAUGCGUGAACAAUUCACCAAGUUUGACGCUAAACAAUCUGAUGCUGAUCUGAGAAGAGACCCUAACUUCUUGAAACAAGUCAACAGUAUUGUCAAUGGGCUUGGUGACAUGCUGGACAGUGUAAAUGACCCUGGCAAACUUCAGGCCAACCUGGAAAGACUCUCUGAGAUCCACUUGCACUUUGUCCCAAGCGUUGGCCCAGAAUUCUUCGUACCAUUAGAAAAGAACAUUCACACCUUCAUUGAACAAGCUCUACAUGUGGCCCCUGACAGCGAUGAGGCCAAAGCCUGGACUGAUUUGAUUGGUGCUUUUAACAAAGUUCUUACAGACCAUGCUAUUCAACAUAUUGGUCUCUCUGAAGCUGACAGAAGAGCUCUGGACAGUUCCUGGAAGAGGCUCACAGCUGGUGAAGAUGGAGUUAAGAAAGCAGGAAUUAAUUUGGUUCUCUGGAUGCUCAACAACGUGCCCAACAUGCGUGACAGAUUCACAAAGUUCAAUGCUAAACAAGCAGACGAUGUUCUUAAAGUCGACGCUGAAUUCCUGAAGCAGGUGGACGUCAUCAUUGGAGGACUUAAAUCUUUCUUGGAUCACGUGAAUGAUCCCCUCGCACUCCAGGCCAACAUGGACAGAGUCGCAGAAGCUCACUUGAGCAUGGAUCCAGUUGUUGGUGUGGACUACUUCAAGGCUCUUUCCCAGAAUAUCCACCGCUUCAUUGAAAGCUCUUUGGGUGUUACCGCAGACAGCGAUGAAUCUCAGGCAUGGACUGACCUUUUGGCUGCCUUCAACAAAGUUGUCAGAAACAGAAGUAUUCUCAGGAAAGUUUCCGACAGUGACAAGACUGCAUUCGUCAGCACCUGGAACGACUUGAUUAAAAAAGCUGGCAGCAGACGUGACGCAGGUGUCAAUCUAGUCCUCUGGAUGUUAGCUAAUGUUCCAAGCAUGAGAAACCAAUUCACCAAAUUCAACGGCAAUCAGCCAGACGCUGCCCUCAGAAAUGACCAAGAGUUCCUCCAUCAGGUAGACCGUAUUGCUGGUGGCCUGGAAUCUUUGGUUAAGAAUGUGAACAACCCCGCCCGUUUCUUGGACGCCCUGGAGAGACUUAGUUUCGUCCACUUGAAUAUGAAGCCAAGUAUUGGACUGGAAUACUUCGAGCCACUACAACAGAACAUCCACACUUACAUUGAGUCCGCUCUGGGUGUUGCUGCUGGAAGUGAUGAAGCUAACGCCUGGACAGACGUCUUGGGAGCUUUCAAUGAGGUUAUGAAAUACAGUUCAAUUGAGAAAAUUGGUCUAUCAGACAGUGACAAGCAGGCCUUGGUCAGUUCCUGGAGCACAAUGACAGCUAGGGGCAAAGAAAGUGCUGGAGAGAAACUGGUGUUUUGGAUGUUCGACAAUGUCCCCAACAUGAGAGCUAGAUUCACCAAAUUCGACGCCACCCAAUCAGACGACGCCCUCAGAAAAGACAAAGAGUUCCGUAAUCAGGUCAACGUCAUUGUUGGAGGUCUAGAGCUACUGAUCAACAGCCUCAAUGAACCUGGUCAACUCCAGGCCAACCUUGAGAAACUAGUGGAUGACCACUUGCACAUGGUACCAAGUGUUGGUCUUCAAUACUUCGGACCACUAGAAAAUUACAUCCAUCUCUUCAUUGAGAAAACUCUUGGAGUAAGUUCAAACAGUGUCGAAGCCAAGGCCUGGUCCCAUUUGUUCCGUGCUUUCAACAAGGUCAUGAAGGAUCAUUCCCUCAAGAAAAUUGGUCUGACAGAUGAAGACAGGAAGGCCAUUGUUAGCUCCUGGAGGAAGCUUGUCGGUAGAGCUGGAGGUAGAGACAAUGCUGGAACCGAUCUUGUCCUGUGGAUGUUUGAGAAUGUGCCCCACAUGAGAGACAGAUUCACCAAGUUCAAUGCCUACCAACCUGACACUGCCCUGAGACAAGACAGAGAGUUUGGAGCCCAAGUUGACCGCAUCACAUCUGGCGUGGAAUCCCUGGUUAAUAAUGUAGAGAACCCUGGUCAGUUCCAGGCUGCCAUGGAGAGAUUAUCCACUAUUCACAAAAAUAAAACACCCAGCAUUGGAAUCGAAUACUUUGAACCUCUACAAAGAUAUAUCCAUCUGUUCAUUGAACAAAGACUCAACGUUGCACCAGACAGCGUGGAGUCCAAAGCUUGGUCUAAUAUGUUUGCCUCCUUCAAUGAAGUUCUGGUGAAAGCAUAAACUUAGGCAUCUACAAACUUGACACGUGACCCCCAACGACAACGAAUCUAUUGCUCACAAAAAAUAUCAUACACAAAAACAAAAAUUAUUUAUAAAAGUAACAAAAUAUUGUUUCGUUAAAUAUGAAGGAAAAAAAUUUAAUAAAGCUGCGUUGUAUCUUAUUCUGUAUGCAUUUACUUGUAAAUAUAUUAAAUUUCAAGAUGAUAAAAAUUAAAAAUUAAAUAAAAUCAUUCAAUAAUUUAACACCAAAAAUACCAGUAAAUAUUAUUACGAUACUAAAUUGUGCAUUUCGAAAAUAAAUCAAGCAAUAAUACAAUUUAAAUCGAUUACAUUCUUCAAGUGUAAACUAAAGUAAAUAAAUGUUUGCAAUUGGAAUAUUAACCUGAAAAAAGUGGAAGGUUAAACUUGCUAAAUAAAGAAUGUCUUGAAAGAGGUUAAAACAUAAAGACCAAAAAGAUCAUUAUUUUCAUGGUUUACAUUUUUGUUUUAGAACCACUGACCUGUAUACAUGUAUUGCUUGAUUUAUUUAUUACACAUUGUGUAUGAAAAUUAUGAAUAAAAAUUGUUGCCAAUAAUAAAGUGUGUAAAAAAUGUGCAAGAAAAUCGUGCAACAUUUGUGUGUAAAAUUGUUGAGUAAUAAAUGAUAUGCUUCCAACUGAAA